AUGCGGCGCGCCUCCCCGUACUCGUACGCCGUCUUCGAUCGCCUCGUCCAGGAGCACUUCCCAUUCCGGCGCCGCCUCUUCCAAGUGCACGCGCUGCUCCUCACCUCCGGCGUGCUGCUCCUUGACCUUGACCCCCCGAUGCUCCUCCCCUCCGCCGCCUUUCCUUACAACUGCCUCGCGCACGCGCACCUCCGCGUCCUUGCCGCCUCCUCCUCGCGCGCCCCGUCCGCACCGCUGCGCCUCUUCUCCGCCAUGCUCGCCCACGGCGGGUGCCCCAACCGCCACUCCUUCUCGUCCCUCCUCAAGUCCGCCUCCGCCUCAGGCUCCGCGGCCGCCGUGGGGGCGCUCCACGCACAGGGCCUCCACCGCGGCCUCGCGGCCGACCGCUUCGUCGCCUGCUCGCUCGUCAGCGCCCACGGCCGAACGGGACACCCGGCUUGCGACGCGCGCAAGGUGUUCGACGAGAUGGAGGGGGCUCCGGACCUGGCCUCAUGCAACGCCCUGCUCCACGCGCUAUGCACAGUACACAGGCCGUGGUGUCGUGCACUGGAGAUCUGUGCAUUAGCCGGCUGUUUGGUUGCACUGCAAGCUGCAAUUCCAUGCACGAGGUCUAUGUCUAGCACAGUAAGGAACUCCAGGAAGCAAAGCAAGCGAAGAGACGCCACAGUACUGCCAGUAGCCCAGUACGAGUGA